GCGAUCCGAGUGGGUAGUGAUUUUUCUGGCCUUGGCAGCUUUGAAUUGGCAGCUGAGCGAGUUGGCAGAGUGAUUGGCCGGACGACCGUCAACAUGUUUUCCUGUGAUGUGAAUCGUCAUUGCCAAAAGAUGCUUCUGGAGAACCACCGUCCUUUCAAGUUUUACCCGGAUAUCACUCAAAGGGAUCACCAGUCUAUGGAUUGCUGCGAUUGGUAUGGCGCAGGCUUCCCCUGCCAGCCUUUCUCAUCGGCGGGACUUGGUCUUGGUGUGGAUGAUUGCCAGAAGAGAGGGCUUUUGGUAGCAGACAGCCUGGCCUAUGUGGUUAGCAAGCGGCCAUCUCUGGUGGUGUAUGAAAAUGUGAAAGGGAUCAUGGACAAGAAACAUGCAAGCCUGCUGCAAUGGGUCAUCAAGACCUUGGAGGACAACAGCUACCGUGUCUACACCCGCCUCCUCAACACCCAAGACUUUGGUAUUCCUCACCACAGGUGGCCUGCUCCAAUACCAUGCCCUCCACUGGAUGAGUUUUUGGGUCACGAUGGAGACGAUGGACGACCUGGUUCACUCCCACCUCGGAAGCACACACGGCCCUAUGAGAAUGUGAAGGAGGCUUACAAGCGGAUUCGGUCGGAUGGCAGGAACCCAUCACAGCAAUGCUGGGUGAUUGAUUGCCAAUGCUCCAUGGCUUUCCUGUCUUACAGGGAGAACGUGAGCCCAUGCCUGUUGCACAGCCGCUCAUCACUCCAAAGCUAUUGGUGCAGCUCUUUGGGCCGGUAUUUGACGACAGAUGACCGGAUGAAGCUGCAGGGCUAUGAGUGCCAUGACCAGCGGGCACCGGAUUCAGCGAUGAACAAGAUGCUCGGCAAUGCUAUGAGCGUGGAUGUGGUUCAGGCUGUUUUGAUGCAGGCAGCUUGGGCAAUGGGGUUGAUCUAG